AUGAACCUUGAGGAGUUCUUAGUGUAUAUACACAAUGGCGCGCAUGAACUGGGAAUUGAGGAUCUCAAACAGUUGAGAUUGGUGUCUCACACAGUGAACGAGGUCGUCUUGGAGUAUCCAAUCCUCACAAAUCUGUGCAUUUCCACACAUGUGCCAGACCUGGAGUAUCUGGAAGUGGUAUCCGACAAUGAAAAAUUGUUGAAACAUGUGUCGAAGCUCUUUUGGGAGGAGUCUCUUUUCUGCCCCUGUCUUCUUGUCGGAGGAGAGAGGAAUGAAGUCGAAAAAUGUCACCAUAGACAGACCCUUAUCUUUUAUCUGGGACGAAUGAGGGCAAUGCAUAGAGUCUAUAAAUGGAGGUUUCAUGCUUCAGCUCAGCGGGAAAAUCUUGAAACUAAUCGGGAUGUCGCUUUGCUUAUGAAAAUAUUGCCAUAUCUCCAGAAUGUUGACUGUGUAUUCUUUACCUCGUCUUACCAAGGAGGUGGAGUGAUUGUGCGGACGCCUGCCAUAGCUACAUACGAGCAGAUGUUCACUGACGAAUAUGAACAUGUACCACUCGGAACAUACUGGAAGAAGGGUAUCGACGGAAUCGGAUACCAUCCCAGGCCGCUAAUGAGCCAGCAAGAUAACGAGAGUGAGGGUCUUCUCGCAGAUCAAAUUUUUAAAAGCCGAUUCUGGGGAGAGCCGCCUGUACGUGGACUACGGGUUUUCUGCGACCUGUUAUCACCCGAAGAGAAAGAAACUGGACAUGACUAUCAGCCAUUGGACAUGCAUGUCUUUUUUCCAAAGCUGAAGUGGCUAUUUUUGAACAAUAUUCCAACAGAUUUCUUCUCUUUCUGGGGCGGGGGACCACUAUAUCGACUUCUCCGAGACUCCAUGCGUGGUCUACAACAUAUAAAUCUAUUCUUGAUGGAGCCAGCAGAUCAACUUCGCAAGCGCAUAGAUUACAGCGCGGGUAUCCAGGCAAUGAUACAAGGCUCGGUGUCAUCGCUACGGACCCUGGAACUGAUCAUCGUGAACGAAGACAGGUUUUUCAAAGAACAUGAGACUUUCAUGUCCAUGCUGACCGAGUCGCUACCACAACUUGUUGCGCUGGAAGAACUGAAGAUCUCCAAUACUGUACUGACGACAACUGAGAAGAUGAUGGCUUUUGGUGAAGCUAUUCGAACUUGCCGUUCAUUGAAAUUGCUAAUAUUGAUGUACUUCUGUUUACCCGAAUACUGGAAAGAUGUUUUGGAUCAAUGGAAGGCAUCCAAGUGCAUGCAUCACCUGGAACAUAUCGUACUUACGGAAUGCUUGGACGCCGAAACGGACUCUGGCUUUUAUCAUGUCAGCAUAAACGACUCAGCUAUUGUGAACUGGCUACAUGGGAAAACCGACAUGUACCCUCUAAUUGCCGUUCAGCCGUGA